CUUCCUUGUUUUGUUAACUUCCUGACGGAGCGGCCGCUGCAGCUCUGCUAACUGCCGCUUUCGUGAUAAAAGUCGGCCGGUGAUAGUUAGCGACAACAACAACGACGACGCUCUCACGCGGGGCGAAACAAUGAUGGCGUCCAGCUACAACGCCAAAGACGAAGACGGACACAUCACCGUUACCGGGCCCGGUGGCGGCGCGGUGCUGCGGAGCAAGAAGCCCGAGAACACCGCGUUCAAGCAGCAGCGGCUGCCCGCCUGGCAGCCCAUCCUCACCGCGGGCACCGUGCUGCCCGCCUUCUUCAUCAUCGGCCUCCUCUUCAUCCCCAUCGGCAUCGGCCUGUUCGUGACGUCAAACAACAUCAAGGAGUUUGAGAUCGAUUACACGGGGGCUGACACGUCGAGUCCCUGCUUCAACUGCUCCCAGAACUUCAGCUGGAACAGCACGAGCCCAUGCACGUGCACGGUACCCUUCUACCUGGAGCAGCCGUACGAGAGCAACGUCUACGUGUAUUACGGCCUCUCCAACUUCUACCAGAAUCACCGCCGCUACGUGAAGUCCAGAGACGACAGCCAGCUGAACGGAAACCUCAAAUCUUUGCGGGAACCCAGUAAGGAGUGCGAGCCGUACGCCUACCAUAACAACAAGCCCAUAGCGCCGUGCGGCGCCAUCGCCAACAGCAUGUUCAACGACACGCUGGAGCUGUUCUACAACGACCCCAACGGCACCAGCGUUAAGAUCCUCCUCGGCACCACCGGCAUCGCCUGGUGGACCGACAAGCACGUCAAGUUCGGGAACCCCGGCGGCGUCGACUCGAACCUCUCGGCCGUCUUUCAAGGGACGACGAAGCCGCUGAACUGGCGCCGGCCCGUCUAUGAGCUGGACUCGGAUCAGAGCAACAACGGCUUCGUCAACGAGGACUUCAUCGUGUGGAUGAGGACCGCCGCCCUGCCCACCUUCCGCAAGCUCUACCGCAUCAUCGGCAAGAGCAGCCAGAUGGUGCCGACGCUGCCGCGAGGGAACUACACCCUGGAGGUGGUCUACAAUUACCCCGUCCGCAGCUUCGAGGGCCGUAAACGGAUGAUCCUGAGCACCAUCUCCUGGAUGGGGGGCAAGAACCCGUUCCUGGGCAUCGCCUACAUCACCGUGGGCUCCGUCUGCUUCUUCCUGGGCGUCGUGCUGCUCGUCAUCCACCACAAGUGUGGUAACCGGAACAACGGCGCCGAGAUCUCCAACUGAGGCGUUGGCAGCGCUUCGUUAAUCAUCAUCAUAAUAAUAAUAAUAAUAAUAAGCUGUGUGAGAUAACUGCAGCACCUGAGGACACGUUUACGUCCUACAGUUACAGACAUUACUGCUCUGAGGCCUUUGCCUCUUCCUGCACUGAUCCGAUACCUAAACUAAAAUAUAUAUGUUAAUAUUAAUAUUAUUAGGGUUAUUAUAAUUAUCGUAAACAGCUGUAUGCUACUGAACCUCUGCAUUUGUGGUAUGGUCGCUAUUGUUGUUGUUGUUUUCGACUGCUCCACAGAAAAACGAUGCAUAAAGGUGUUCAAUGUUACCUCCCGCACCACACUGUAAUAUAUAUUAUUAUGUAUAUGUAUACAUAUACAUAUAUGUAUGUAAUUCUGACAGCCUCUUUUAUGGGGGUAUUGUCUCUGAGCUGGUCGACGUGAGCAGGAGCGGUGCAUGCUGGGUAGCCGAGGUGUAAAUGUGACUCUUGAGCUCGUUUUUGUGCCUCAUGUCGUCGGGCCGCCUACAAACUAAAAGCAAGCCUCCGCUGAGUCUGCAAAGUAUCAUUAUUAUUUAUCUGAGUAAAUGUUUGGUGUUCUGUUGCAGUCAGCUGGAGAUGUGCACAUUGUCGUGGCUUUAGUUGUUAACAUGCAAAAAGAACAUCAACACGGCAUCAUGUGACUCGUACAUGUGAUUCAAUGUCCUGCUGUGAUCUUCUUUGUGAUGAAGAAGAUGCUGCGUCUUUUCAAUGUGCACCGUGAAAAUAUUUGUUUUAUAUUCUUUUAGUACAUUUUAUCCAGAUUUGUCUGCAAUUCAGUGAACCACUUGAUUUCUUUUUAUACUCAUGUUGUUGCUUUAAAUGAAUAAAUGGUUCAUUUAAAUUUGAAACCGC